CUGAUUAUAAUUCUAUACAGGCUCUAAAUUUUGGUUCUCCAAAUUUCCCAAAAUUCAUUCAUCUUCUUUCCAUCUUCUCUGCCGCUGCCUUUCUUUUCCCGUAGGCCUUCCUCCUCAUCCUCAUCUUCUCCCGUAGCCGCUGCAUCUCCAGAUUCGAUCUUGAUUUCUUCCGUAGUAGCUGCAUCUCCAGGUUCGAUCUUGAUCUUCUCCCGUAGCCGCCGUAGCCGCUGCAUCUCCAGGAGAUUAGUCAACUUUGUAUCUUCAAGAACUCUGCAAAGAUUACUGCUUAUUUUGCAAUGUAUUCUGGUUGAAAUGGUUGCAAUUUGAUUCUGUGACAAGUUUAUGUUGUGGCUGCUUUCGUAGUGGAGGCAGUCUUUCUUACCGGAUUUGUCGUAGCUGAAAACCGUGCUUCUUGCCUGAAACGAUUUAAUGGAACAAAGUUUAGGUCAAGAGUCUGUUCCUGGUUUUGGGUCACUUGACAAGUCUAAGGUUUUAGAUGUAAGGCCUUUGAGACGUCUUGUUCCGUUGUUCCCGUCAGCUUCUAAUAAUACUUCAUUUUCAACUCCACAAGGUGCUGCUCCUUUCGUUUGUGUUUCUCCUGCUGGCCCUUUCCCACCCGGGGUUGCCCCAUUUUUUCCGUUCUUCAUUUCGCCGGAGUCGCAAAGGCCACUUGAACAAAAUCUGCAAACACCAAGUGGUAAUGCAUCUUUUGUCUUCAACAAGCCAAUAUCAAAUGCAGUCCCAAUUAAUUCAUUUAGGACGCCUCCAUCCGCAGACGCUAAUGGAGAUACGAGGACAGCAAGAAGGCUUGCUCGAAGUCGUGGUCAGCCACAAUCCCAAAGUGGGAAUGCAGAGGAAGAUGGUUUUGAUGGAGAAAAUACAAGGAAGGUAGGGAGCUCAAGGAGUAAGUUCCGGUCCCAAAAGAGGACAAGGGGUGGCCAGGACAUUAAUGUUGCUUUGCCUGAUGUUGACAUUGAUGCAAUAAUUGAUAAUGUUCUUACAACAUAUACCAAUACAUUCCAACAAACUGAUGGUGACAGGGAAUCAGUUGUAUAUGCACUCACGUCCUAUGACUUGGUGCGAAGAAGGAUUACACAAAUUGAAGAGAUGAAGGAAAGAAUACCAGGAGCCCCAAGAACAGGACGCCCUGAUCUAAGGACAGGAACACUCUUCAUGAAUAAGGGAAUUAGGACAAAUGCCAAGAAGAGGAUUGGUGCAGUGCCUGGUGUUGAAGUCGGGGAUAUUUUCUUUUUCCGAAUGGAACUGUGCUUGGUUGGGUUACAUGCUCCAACUAUGGGUGGAAUUGAUUACAUGGGAGUCAAGAACAGUACAGAGGAAGAGCCCUUAGCAUUGAGCAUUGUUUCUUCUGGAGGAUAUGAGGAUUCUGUGGAGGAUUCGAAUGUGUUGAUAUACAGUGGCCAAGGUGGUAAUGCUAGCAAUGAUUUCAGGAGAGAUAAGGAAAUGAAGGAUCAGAAGCUUGAAAGGGGUAAUCUUGCUUUGGAGAAAAGUUUGCAUCGGGGUAAUGAUGUCAGAGUAAUUCGAGGUUUAAGGGAUGUAUCUAAUCCAACCGGGAAGGUAUAUGUCUAUGAUGGUCUAUAUAAAAUUCACGAAUCAUGGGUCGACAAGGGGAAGAGUGGUUGCAAUGUAUUUAAGUAUAAAUUGGUAAGGUUACCUGGCCAGCCUGAAGCAUUUAACAUUUGGAAAUCAAUUGAACAGUGGAAAGAAGAAACUACUACUACAAGGGUUGGACUUAUAUUGCCUGACCUUACUUCCGGAGCUGAAAAUUUACCUGUUUCUCUCGUAAAUGAUGUUGAUUGCGAGAAAGGCCCUGCACACUUCACAUAUAUUUCUAGCCUGCAGUAUUCUAAACCGGUGAAUCUUACAGAAUCCUCUGAUGGAUGUCUCUGUAUUGGCGGGUGUCUCCCUGGUAAUUCCAAUUGCUCUUGCAUUAAGAAAAAUGGAGAUUUUCUCCCAUAUACUGCAAAUGGGCUUCUUGUGAACCAAAAAUCCUUACUGCAUGAAUGUGGUCCAUCCUGUCAGUGCCCUCCUAAUUGUCGGAAUCGAGUGUCUCAAAGUGGCCUGAAAGUUCGUCUGGAGGUGUUUAGAACUAAGGAUAAAGGUUGGGGUCUGCGGUCUUUGGAUCCCAUCCGUGCUGGUUCUUUGUUAUGUGAAUAUGCAGGACAAGUUCUUAAUAUUUCUGGGGUAGAAGAAAUGGGGGGUGAUUAUGAAGACGAUUACAUUUUCGAUGCUACUCGUACCUGUCAGCCACUCGGGGUUCUGCCUGGUGAUUCUGCUGAGACUUCAAAGGCCCCAUUUCCUCUAAUUAUAAGUGCAAAUACUGAUGGAAAUGUUGCUCGUUUUAUGAAUCACAGCUGUUCUCCAAAUGUACUUUGGCAGCCAGUCUUAAGGGAAAACAAAAAUGAGUCUGACCUCCAUAUUGCGUUUUAUGCGGUUGGACACAUACCUCCUAUGACAGAGUUGACAUAUGAUUAUGGGAUGGUCCCUCAAGAGAAAGCAUACCAUAGGAAGAAAGUGUGCCUUUGUGGGUCAAUAAAAUGCAGAAGCUUCUUUUACUAAUGGGUGUACCAUAUGAGGAUAAACUUUGAUAAAUUAUGCUUCUAGAAAAAGUUGGUUUGUAUUACUUUGGCAGAAAGAAGGGGGUGAUGCGGUAUGUGUUUCCGUUUGCUGUUUUCAUUACCUUGGAAGGCAUCUGGUUUUCAGGACCUAAGCCCCAUGUGCUUGUGCACAGGGUUAUAAGUGCAUUUGCUCUAGGGCAUGCACCGGCUUCCUUGUGUGCGCGGGCUCGUGUUUUCCUUCAGGCCCCAAGCUUGUUAGACCGGAGACUGGUGAUGGUUACUCAAGUCAUUUUAUCGUACAAAAUCAUAUUGUCCAUUAGUCCAUCUUUGAGAGCAUGUAAGCGAGGUUCAUAGUUGCGGUUUGUAGAGCUUCUUCUGGUGGAAGAGGAGGUUGUUGUGACUUGUACCCUAGGAGUAGGAGGUUAGUACUUACUGCUUGGGCAUUUGUACGACGAGGUCUGCUUUAGGUGUGUGGUUUCAAAUUCAAGGGGUAAUUUAGUGUCUACGAUUCUACGGUACAUUUUAAUAUUAGCGGGCGAAUAAAAUGAUUUAGUGUUUUGCUUGGCCUCUCUCGCUCACUGAUUCUCUCUUGGUGAGUUUGGUUCGUCGACUAUAAUGGGGCAAGGACAGUAGCAGAAAUUCUGUAUGAGUUAUUUUGUGCUAGUUUUAUUACUUGGAAAUGAUGUAUCUACAUGUCGUUUUCAAUUGUCACAGUUGGGUUAUGUC